AUGAUCUUGACCAAGACCAAGGGCCUGGCCAUGGUGUACUACAUCACGAACUACGCCACCAAACUGGAUACGCCAAUGUGGAAGCGCAUUGCUCUCGCCACCGAGGUUGCCCGCCAACUUCGCGAAGCCGGUCGUCCGACGUCUCGCGCGCCAGGUCCCGCCUUGCCCGACGAGAGGCACCAGGCGGUAUUGAACGAAAGCCGUCAAUUCCUGAUGAGAACGGCAAAUCGCAUCUUCUCCGAGCGACAACUCUCGGCUGUCGAGGAUUCCGACUGUGACGGCUGGAUGCAAAAGCUUCGACGGCCAGACCAGUACGCCGUCCCGAUCUUCCAAGGAUACAUCAGCGACGACCACGAGGACGAUCACCCAGUCUAUAUUAAGCGAAACUCUGUCCUACAUUUGGCGUUAUUCGUCCCUUGGGAAGACUUCAUUUCUGAGAGCCUAGGUGAUAUAACCGACAUAUGGACGACGCAUCGAGCGGGCCUUUGUCCCCGCCUCCGUUUCUACCUCUCUAACAUUUGUCUUUUGAGAAAGUCUGCCGAAGACGCGCGUAAGGACGCGAAGCUCUGGGCCAGUCGGUCGGAGGGCGACGACACAAUUGACGUUGAGUACCCGCUUGACGAUGGCCGAUACGAAGAAGAGCCUCCAGCGAUGGCUCAUCGUCAGGCCUACAGAGCUCUACCCAGAUUUUGCGAAAUGCCGUGCGGGACACGGACGCCACAAAAGACUCACCCGUCCUUGGAGGUUUAA